AUGGCUCCAACACCUUUUCUGAAACAAAACCACACGACCCAUUUGAAGACUACACAUUCCAAGCAUCGUCUCAACUUCAAUGGCAUCAAAGCGACAACACACCAAUCUCCCAAUCCAGAGCACCCAGUUGAAGUCAUUGCCAGAAUCCGCGACUACCAUGACAAGAAAGAAAAUCCUGCAUCAUUUUUGCAGGUGAAUCAAAACUCUAGUUCGAUCCGUGUUCGUGCUGAUUUCGGUUACAGGGACUUCACCCUUGAUGGGGUGUCUUUGUCAGAGGAAGAAGACCUUGAUGUUUUCUAACAGUUUGUGGCAGAGAGGAUCAAUGGUGUGAAGCUUGGUGAGAAGUGCACGAUCAUGAUGUACGGUCCCACUGGCUCUGGCAAGAGUCACACCAUGUUUGGGUGUUCCAAACAGGUAGGAAUUGUGUACCGUUCUCUAAGGGACAUUCUUGGAGAUCACCAUGAUGGGGAGGGAGAUGAAGGUGACUCAAAAGGAAUGGGAACUUUUGUUCAGGUGACUGUUUUGGAGAUUUACAAUGAAGACAUCUUUGAUCUCUUGACCACCAAUGGAGGAAGAGGGUUAGGACUAGGAUGGCCCAAAGGAAGUUCUUCUAAGGUGAAACUUGAAGUGAUGGGAAAAAAGGCUAAGAAUGCAACCUAUAUGUCUGGAAAUGAAGCAGGGAAGAUCUCAAAAGAAAUUCAGAAAGUUGAGAAGAGAAGGAUUGUUAAAAGCACCCUUUGUAAUGACAGGAGUUCUAGAAGUCACUGCUUAAUUAUCCUUGAUGUCCCAACUGUGGGAGGGAGGCUAAUGCUUGUAGACAUGGCAGGAUCAGAGAAUAUUGAGCAAGCUGGACAAACUGGAUUUGAGGCCAAAAUGCAGACUGCAAAGAUCAAUCAAGGGAAUAUCGCGUUGAAGAGAGUGGUUGAGUCCAUUGCAAAUGGAGAUUCACAUGUGCCUUUUAGGGACAGCAAACUUACCAUGCUUCUGCAGGAUUCAUUUGAAGAUGAUAAGUCAAAAUUUUUAAUGAUACUGUGUGCAAGUCCUGAUCCUAAGGAGAUACACAAGACAAUCACUACACUUGAAUAUGGAGCAAAAGCAAAAUGUAUAGUUCGUGGCCCUCUUACCCCCCCUGUCAAGGAUAAGGAUUCUUGUUCUGGUGUCAUUUUGGGGUCCAGAAUUGCUGCAAUGGAUGAAUUUAUUAUGAAGCUUCAAAUGGAAAACAAGCUCAGAGAAAAAGAGAAAAAUGAAGCACACAAAAAACUUAUGAAGAAAGAAGAAGAAGUUGCUGCAUUAAGAGCUAGGGUUGAGCUUGUAGAAGGAAAAGGAAUUCCCUCAAGUGAGGAAGAGAUUAACCUAAUGGUAAAUGAAAGGACACAGUUUCUCAAGCAAGAGUUGGAAAAGAAGUUGGAGGAGUGCCAAAGAAUGGCCAAUGAAUUUGUUGAAUUGGAAAGGAGGAGAAUGGAAGAAAAGAUAUUGCAGCAACAGGAGGAAGUUGAAGUUCUGAGAAAGAGAUUGGAAGAAAUUGAAUUUCAGCUACAUUGUUCAACAAGCUUGAAAAAUGAAUCCAAAGAAAUGGAGCCAAGUGGGUUUGUGAGGAGGCUGUUGCAUAUUUACAAAAGUGAGGAGAACCUUGGAAUGGUGAAAUCAAUGGAUUUGGACAUGGAUGAUCAAGAAGUUAGAAUUGUUGGUGGUGUUACAUUCCACACGGCGCUGAUAAAUUCGGGCUUGCAGAAUCUGUUGGACAAAUUGAAUGAGGUAGAAGAUACUGGUGUUUGUGCACCAAAAUUUGGUGAAAGAGUAUGUCUUAGCACAGUAUAUGAAGAAGAAGAAGAGGAUCAUGAAGUGGAGAAAGAAAUCAUAGAGGAGAAGAGGGUAUAUACUGUUGAUGAGUCUAUUAAAAGUUCAAAGAGAGAGGACUAUUGCUCUAAACAAAGUUCAGAGGAUGGCAAAGAUACUACCUCUAGACUAUUGAGGAUUCAAAAUAUAUUCACUCUUUGUGGAAACCAAAGAGAGAUCUCCCAACACAUAGGAACUCCGGGGCCAACAAAAAAGAGGUCUGAAACUUUUGAUUUCAGGUUAUCUCCUGUGAAAUCUGUUGUCAAGUCAAGUGAGAAGGAUUCCAUUUUUAAAAUUUCCAACAAGGAGAACUUGGAACCACAACAAUAUGUUGUGGGAAACUAG